CAAUCGUCAGUACAAGCCCGCAAGACUACAACAAGGCUUGGAGUGGGAGGGAGGACUCGGGCGGCAAAACAUGGCGAAAUAACAAGUUUUACUGUUGGCUGCUUUUGGGAAAUUGCACCGUGUCUAUCGUGUUGGACUUCGGCGACGGGUUCAUAACAUUUGGAGGCUGGAGGACGAGAGCAACGCGUAACUUUAGAGAGUCGAGGGCCCCAGUUUACAAGUAUUACGGUGGCUGCUGGCGAGAAAAUAGUGCCUGCCUGUGUUUCCCCGGAAGGUUGGCAGUGCUAGGCGCGACUGUCAACACAGAAAAUGGAUGAAGGAGGAAAGUUUAUACUGGAAAACACCGUAGAUUGUACUCGGUAGAUUGAUUGCACGCACCUGACUCGAGACAAUAUUUAAGUCGUGUUAACAAGUUUGGCAACUGCAGUCGUAUAUACAACUAGGCCAUUGUUUUUUUUUAUUUUUCCCGCAGUUGUGUUAAUAUUCAGGGAGGACAUCUCUUUAAGGCUUGACGGCCGGUUCUGGUGCGGACGGACCCGGACGCCAUCACAUCAGACGCUGCGUUUCUCCUUAAAAAAAACAACAACCACUGCGCUGCUCUGGUUCAUUUUCUACUUUAGCAACGAAACAAGGACUGUUUUCAAUUGCACACCAGAUCUGUGUGGUAGUUUCUUUUUCUCCGUGAAUCGUUUUUUUAUCUGCAUGUUGUACAGCUGCAGAGACGUCUUGUCAAAAUGAACGCAGCAAGGUGUUCAACAACAGUGGAGGUGCAUUGCAUUGAAAACCUGCCCGUUGGUAGUAGAACGGUACCGUUGGCCGGCUAACUGACGCUAACAGUUUCUUGAAAUACCUUUUAUUUGAAGUCAAAUGUGUUUUGACCAGACAUUGUAACCGGCUUUUUCUGUAAAACAACACUGGUUAACAUUGUAGCUCGAGUUGACGUGAGCUAGCCCGCUGGGUGCGUCUGUGACGGCUCUAUCUGCGAUGUGUUUGCUAAUCUAAGUGCUACCGUGUUGUUCCGCAACAGUUUAACAGAUUGCCCAGCCCGUUUGCUUAAUUUAAUCCAUAGAUAAGCUCUCUCAAGAUCGCUUUAGCAGCCGCUUCACAUUUCCACAAGUACAUCUUGUCAAAUAAGGGACUAACUUGGUAGCUAAGGUCCUAAGUUUCGCCAGCCAUGUCUGAAAACGCCCCCACACGAAGCCUGGAUGACAUAGACCUCGCAGCUCUGAGGGAUCCAGCAGGGAUCUUCGAGCUGGUCGAGGUCGUCGGCAAUGGGACAUAUGGACAGGUGUACAAGGGCCGUCAUGUGAAGACGGGCCAGCUGGCUGCCAUCAAGGUGAUGGAUGUCACCGAGGAGGAAGAGGAGGAGAUCAAAGCAGAAAUCAACAUGCUGAAAAAAUACAGCCACCACCGCAACAUAGCCACGUACUACGGUGCCUUUGUCAAGAAGAGUCCACCGGGACACGAUGACCAACUCUGGCUGGUGAUGGAGUUCUGUGGGGCGGGAUCAGUGACCGACCUGGUGAAGAACACUAAGGGCAGCUCUCUGAAGGAGGACUGGAUUGCUUACAUCUGCAGAGAGAUCCUACGGGGCCUUGCUCACCUGCACGCCCAUAAAGUGAUCCACAGAGACAUCAAGGGGCAGAACGUGCUGCUGACGGAGAACGCAGAGGUCAAACUUGUUGAUUUUGGAGUGAGUGCUCAGUUGGACAGGACUGUUGGUCGUAGGAACACUUUCAUCGGCACGCCUUACUGGAUGGCUCCUGAGGUUAUUGCCUGCGAUGAGAACCCUGACUCCACCUAUGACUACAGGAGUGAUAUCUGGUCCUUGGGGAUCACAGCCAUUGAGAUGGCUGAGGGAGCUCCUCCCUUGUGUGACAUGCACCCGAUGAGAGCCCUCUUCCUGAUACCCAGGAAUCCCCCUCCAAAACUCAAGUCCAAAAAAUGGUCCAAGAAAUUCCUUGACUUUAUAGAGGGCUGUCUCGUGAAGACGUACAACAGCCGGCCGUCCACAGAGCAGCUCCUCAAACACUCCUUCAUCCGGGACCAGCCCACCGAGAGGCAGGUCCGAAUCCAGCUCAAAGACCAUAUCGACCGUACGCGCAAGAAGAGGGGGGAGAAAGAAGAAACAGAGUAUGAGUACAGUGGUAGUGAUGAAGAUGAGGAAAAUCGAGGAGGAGAAGACCGAGAGUCAAGCAGUUCAAUCCUCAAUGUGCCGGGCGAGUCCACGUUGAGGCGGGACUUCCAGCGCCUGCAAGUGGAGAACAAGGAGCGCUCGGAGGCUCACAAGAGGCAGCAGGCCCAGCUGGCCGCCCAGCGCCGGGACCCCGAGGAACACAAGAGGCAACUGCUGCACGACAGGCAGAAACGCAUCGAGGAACAGAAGGAGCAGCGGCGCCGACUUGAAGAGCAACAGAGGAAAGAGCGAGAUAUGGUGAGGCAGCAAGAAAAAGGUCCCCACCGGAGACUCGACGAUAUGAGACGGGAGGAAGACAGGAGGUUGGCUGAGAGGGAGCAGGAGUUUAUCAGACAAAAAUUAGAAGAAGAGCAGCGGCAGUUAGAAAUCCUGCAGCAGCAGUUGCUUCAGGAGCAAGCACUGCUUAUGGAGUAUAAGCGCAAGCAGCUGGAGGAGCAGCGUCAGUCGGAGCGGCUGCAGAGGCAGCUGCAGCAGGAGCACGCGUACCUGGUGUCUCUGCAGCAGCAGCAGCAGGACAAGAAGCCCCAGCUCUACCACUACAACAAGAACCUGGAGCCCAACAACAAACCCACAUGGGCCCGGGAGGUGGAGGAGCGGAGUAAGCUCAACAGACAGGGCUCGCCCAAAAUCUGCACCACCGUCUCCGACACUGCCAUCCAGUCGCGCUCUGACUCCAUCAGCCAGUUGGGAGUGGGUCUAUCUGCCCAGACCCCCCCCAUGCAGAGGCCUGUCGAACCCCAAGGGGGGCAGGGGAAGUUCCAGAUGGCUCACCUGGUUCCUCUGAAGCCCUACGCUGCCCCUGUCCCUCGCUCUCAGUCCCUCUGUGACCAGCCCACUAAGACCAUGUCCGCAUUCCCCACUCAGGACCCGUCCCUCACCCCCACGCCCCGCCCCAUCCACUCUAGAGAGCUGGUGCGUCAAAACUCAGACCCCACUUCUGAAACUCCGGCCCCCCAGGGACUUCUUAUCGGAGAUGGACCCUGGAUCCGCCUUCCUGAUGUGGAACUCCCACCCAAGAUUCCUCAGAGGACAGCGUCCAUCGCCACAGCGCUCAACACCAACCUGACCUCUGGCAUCAGGCACCCAGUACGAGCCAGCAAUCCGGAUCUGAGCCGCAAUGAUCGCUGGGAGAGAGGAGACAGUAUGAGCAUCAUCUCCAAUCUGCCCCAGACCGGCUCUCUGGAGAGGCAUCGCAUCCACAGCUCCUCCAAAAUGGAUUCUCCCAUGCUGUCCCAUGAUAGUCGUCACAAGCCGGGGGAGUCUCGCACCUCCUCCCGCCCCGGGCGCCCUGCUGAUCAUGGCCUGUUUGCCAAGGAGCGCGCUGAGGAGCAGCCGAGGCCUCCGGUGAAAGCCAACGACUACUCGUCCUCCUCGGAGAGCAGCGAGAGCAGCGAGGAGAGCGAGAGCGGCGAGGGGCCCGAGGAGGAAGAGAGCCCCACAGAUCGUCACAGGGAUGGAGACACUGAUUCAGUGAACACCAUGGUGGUUCACGAGGACGAAGGGGAGCAGGCUGGAGGCUACGGGGAUCAGACCAUGCUGGUGCAGAGGACCCCAGAGAAGCGGAGUCAUAACGGAUACACUAACUUGCCAGAUGUGGUGCAGCCCUCCCACUCGCCCACUGAUUCUGCCUCUCACUCCUCCCCUGGGAAGGACUCUGUUUAUGAUUAUCAGUCCAGAGGUUUGGUGAAAGCAUCUGGAAAGUCCUCCUUCACCACCUUUGUGGAUCUAGGCAUGUACCAGAGUCCAGGGGGUCCCGGGGACAACAUGUCUCUCACUGGCUCCAGGUUUGAGCAGCUGAAGAUGGAGGUGAGGAAAGGAUCCAUGGUGAACGUCAAUCCCACCAACACGCGCCCCCCCAAUGACACGCCUGAGAUCCGCAAGUACAAGAAGAGGUUCAACUCUGAGAUCCUGUGUGCCGCGCUGUGGGGAGUGAACCUGCUGGUGGGCACAGAGAACGGUCUGAAGCUGCUGGACCGCAGCGGGCAGGGGAAGGUUUACCCCCUCAUCAACUCCCGCAGGUUCCAGCAGAUGGACGUCCUGGAGGGCCUCAACCUGCUCAUCACUAUCUCAGGCAAGAAAAACAAGGUGCGUGUUUACUACCUGGCCUGGCUGAGGAACAAGAUCCUGCACAACGACCCCGAGGUGGAGAAGAAGCAGGGCUGGACCACGGUGGGGGAGAUGGAGGGCUGCGUGCACUACAAAGUGGUGAAAUACGAGAGGAUAAAGUUCCUGGUGAUUGCUUUGAAGAAUGCCGUGGAAGUGUAUGCUUGGGCGCCCAAACCUUAUCACAAAUUCAUGGCCUUCAAGUCUUUUGCAGAUCUGCCACACCGGCCUGUCCUCGUUGACCUGACCGUGGAGGAAGGUCAGCGGUUGAAGGUCAUCUACGGUUCGUGUGCUGGCUUCCAUGCCAUCGACGUGGACUCCGGAAACAACUAUGACAUUUAUAUCCCCGUUCAUAUCCAGAGUCAGGUGUUGCCGCACGCCAUCGUGUUCCUGCCCAGCUCAGACGGCAUGGAGAUGCUGCUGUGCUACGAAGACGAGGGCGUCUACGUCAACACCUACGGACGAAUCAUCAAGGACGUGGUCCUGCAGUGGGGCGAGAUGCCCACAUCUGUUGCUCACAUCUGCUCCAACCAGAUCAUGGGAUGGGGAGAGAAGGCCAUUGAGAUCCGAUCUGUGGAGACCGGCCACCUGGACGGGGUGUUCAUGCACAAAAGAGCUCAGAGGCUGAAGUUCCUCUGUGAGAGAAACGACAAGGUGUUCUUCGCCUCGGUGCGGUCCGGCGGCAGCAGCCAGGUGUACUUCAUGACGUUGAACAGAAACUGCAUCAUGAACUGGUGAAGGAUCAGCUGCUCGGUCAGUGUGUCGACCAGCAGGGGGUCGAGAGGAAGUGAUCACAAGCGCAUGAAUACACACAUGCGAGAAAAAAAACUCCCGUUUAUCUACAGCUCUCUCAUACACUCAUGUUUCAAAUACACACACACACACACACGCACUCACUCUCUUAGACAAACACACACAUACAAUAUUUCAUUCCAUUCCCCCCUGAUGACACUAGCUUCAAAUGUUAAUACCACUUAUUGUUUUGUACUGUAAAUAUUCCGGUCUUGAUUUACUUUAAUUGGUGGUUUUCAGUCGUAUCUAUUUAGUUCCUCUACUUGUGAAGUGUGUGACAUUCCUUAAAGGUUCGACAGUACGUUCUGAAGAAGGCAUUAUUUAUCAAAUCCUGUAUGUUUAAAUGAAGCUGUAAAUAGGUAGCACCUUACACUUAGAUCUGAAUCAUUUGCAGGCCUUUUAUUUAGCCUCAGUGUGUUGCUACCCAACAAAUGGACGUGAAAUAAUUCAAUGCUGGAAAUCUGCAGUGGCUUGAGGCAAUUUCAGGGUUAGGCUUAAUGGAAGGAUUUAAUACACACACUAUUACAAAUGUACAUUAAAGUCGAGACAAAGUAGCUAGUUGAAGUAUUUGUAGUUUCCGUAUCAUAACCUGAAGUCUGGCUUCCACUAACUUUGCCUGAAUGAUAAUGCAACUCUUAAUCACAGCAAGUAAGCCUUGAAAGAUUUAAAAAGCAAAAUAGAUUUCAGUUUAAAAACUAAUAAAGGAUUAAAAAAAACAAUCAGAAGUCUCAUAAAUGUGCAGUACUCUGACUCCGUAAUGUGAAAUCUCCUGCUUUGCCUUUUCCUCCCCGAAGGUGAAGCCUUCAUUAUUUGACUCAUCAGACUUUUCUGUCUCCAUAGAUUUACAAAAAAUACAACAAAAAAAACGUUAUUUAUAUGUAGUGAUAAUGUAUUGGUAUUAGCCUACUGAUCUUCUUAAUUUGACUGUAAUUAUAUUGCCAUUAUAUUGCAAUAUAUGCUAUUCUGUGGCGUUUCUGUUUGGAGAGGGGUGUUUAAGAGCGGUAGGGAGUGACGGGAUAUUUGUCAGGAAAGUAGGACAUGUAGAAACGUGGUAAGACAGUGAUUAAUGGAGAUCAUUUUCCUACCGCAGUGAUCUACUCUUCUGUAUUAUAUUUCAGUUCUUAGUGUGGAUCUCUUUGUGAAGGGGUUGCAGUAGAAGCGCUCUUCGUGUGGUACAGUUCGUUAUUCGUCUUAGGCCAGUGGAAAGAUUACAUGUAGGGUGACUCUGCAAUACCACGGAGGACUGCUGGAACACAUGAGACUUAAUAUAUAUAUAUAUACACUCUGCCAAAGUUCACAGCAUAAUCUGCAAUGGGGCGAUGGAUCGAAGCCAAAGGGAUUAGAGCUUAUAUGGGGAUUUUAGGAGAAACAUCUCGAACCAAUGUUCCUUUCUGUACAUCCAAAACGAAUAUUCUGGUGUUCCGAAAGUCUUUACUCAAGUAAUCUAGUAGUUUUCCAUUUGUUUAACGCUCUGCUCUCAUACAGCAGACUUUACGGUAAAGGUGUGAGGCAGCGCUAUCGGGAAGUAGCUUGGCUUUUGUUUGUUCUGUCAGCAGAGGGUAGGUCAACACAUGAAUCAAGAUCGUUCUGUAGUGAUUCACGGUGUUUCAACACUUCCACAGCACUUUGCUUUCAACAGGUGGACUUUUCUUCAAUCCCAUCAUGUCUCUCGUCAGCAUGGAGUUGGAGAAAUGUCUACAAAUUAGAGUUUAUAAAUACAAGCUGACAAACGCAACUGUACUUUUCUUCUGGAAGGUUUUGGGUUAUAUCGAAACGAGUCUUGGCUAGUGAUCAGUGGGAAAGAAGAUAUAUUUAAUAGUGGCACAAAGAAAGUUUGCAGAGGAAGUUUAAGCAAAGAUUAUAUAAAUAGAUGUUCAAUUUUAUGGUGGAUAGAUUAUAAAAACAAACUGUAUAUGGGCAUGGAAAGCACUUUCACUUCUGUAAACAUACAUUUAUAAAUAUAUCUCCAACAGGUUCUUGGUGUGCAUGUAAGCCAUUGAAAUAGAGUAUGUAGUACUGUAUCAAAGUUGUUUUCCCAAAAGUGUUUUUAUUCUUGAAUAUCUGUUGCGUGCCAUGACUUAUAUUUCAAAAUGUCACCACUACAAUCCACCGGGAGCUCUGGCACUCGUGCUUUUUAUGGUACAAAGACAUCAUCACUUUUUAUCAAUCUGCCAUGUUUACAGUCAAAGCAGUGCCUUGGAGUUGGGAAGAAGAGAUGUUUAAGGAUGGGUUAUGAGCCCCCGCCCCACUUGUCUCUUACUUGAAAUCCCAUGAAGAAGAGGCACAGCUAUAUUUGCUCCUUCAAUAUGAUUUAUGUCAUGUGCCAUUUAAGUGCACUUAGGUCAAAUCCAGAAUAUCCUGCUGAUGUUCUUGAGUUGCUUUUUGGCACCUUGUAUAUUACCUAAAAAAAAAAAACAACAGAAAGUGGCAAUAACAAAUAUUUAACACAUGUCAAAUUAAUCCAGUGUAACGGAUAUACUCACAGUGGGAGCCCGCCUAGUAAAAAGCCAUACGUGUGUUGUGUGAAGUCAACUCAGAUCGAUUCAGCCCUGUGAGUGACGUCUGCUCAGAAAACGAGUCGAGAUGUUGAUCGUGUGAUCUUGGUAGUGGGGAAAGUAUCUUGAUUAUAUUCUGAGAAGCCUAUUUUAUAAGAUAUGUAAAUUAGUCUAUAUUGAGAAAUCAAAGUGAAUGUACAUCUAUGAGACAGAUUUGUAUUUAUAUGAAAAUGUGUACCGCUCUAUUAAUCAAAGCACAAUGUAUUUUACGGCAGAGAGAUCAAAGCUAGAAUUAGGUGUUUUCUUUAUUCCUAAUUCAUCUUCUAUUAGUAGUUCUAGUGAAUCGAGUAGACAGCUGUGUGUGCGUAGGCUGUCAGUAACUGCAGCGUGUCUGUUCACUUAUAUAGACGUAUACAAAUACUGUCUGCUGUCUUCUCCCUCCCAGCUGUGAUCCAGACACUUGGGGGGACGUACAGAUCGGUUCAGGAUCUGGCCUCUGGUGUAAUUUGCCUUUGUGAGGUUGACAGGAUGCUAAAAUGCUCAGGCUGUGAUGUGAGGGGCGCGACGUCCCUUGGCGGGAGGCGAUUGGCUCUUGGUUUUGGUAUUGUAUAAAAAUCGGAAGCAAUUGGCACGUGAGGAUUGCAUCGAUCAAUUAGUGACAAUUACAGACUAAAGACAAUUACAGUAGGAUUUCUUGACUAUGUUAAUUGUGUGUGUUUUGUCACCAGGUAUGAAAGAUCUUAAAGGGUAACUCCAAUGAUUUUGCACAUCAAUAUGUUAGCGCAUCUUGUGGAGUCAAACAGCAUAUUGAAAUUGAAAUUGAUAUUAUUGUUAUUUUCUGGCUCAUCAGAAAAGUCCUACAUUUGUCCCAGAGCAUGGGGAAGUUUCAGCCAAGAUCUUUCCCUCUGUCUCAUCUUUUCAACACUUUACCUCUAAAAGGCACUCUGGAACAAAAAAUACAAAGUGUUUAUUGCACAGAGCAAACAGGAGUGUAAUAGUCUCAGUGUAGUGGAGUGGAUUGGCAGCCAAUAAUACCCCAAAAGAUAAAUGAAACAUUAUGAAGUAUAUUUACAACAAUACAACACAUGUGAAGUCUGAUAAAUCACCUCAACUGAUCAGUCAGUUGUUUAGGGCUGAAGUGUUAUGCUUGAAAAUGUGAAAACUGUCGGGGGGGUUGAGUGGGAAAGACUUGAUCUGCCCAGACCAGGAUAUCCCAUCAAAAUAAUGGCAGUGGUGUUGCAUUGUGGGGAAUGUAGUCACCAUAUUUUCACCAACAUUUAUGUGUAAAAUCAGUGCAGUUAUCCGUAAAAAAAAUUCUCAUGUUGCAUUAUGUCAUAUGUACUUAACUGCACAAGCUUUGCGAAAUCAUAAUUUGACUUGAUGAAAACAGAAAUGAUCUCAAUACAAGCACUUGCUCAAACUACAGUGGUUAAAUCAUCUAGUCAAAUGUAAAUGAAUAUACGUUUAGUUAUUGGUUGAGAUAAUUGAGUCUGAAUUUAAUUGCAAAUAUAACACUUGCUGUCUUAUUGUGCUGCACAUUGGUUGCAGUUUGAAAGACAGAAGAGUAGUUUGUGGUUGUGGAUUCCCCUAAAAGCACCUUAAGGUGUAAAAGUGCUAUUUCAUUUUGUGCCAAGAGCCAUUAAAAGACCCUCACAAGUCUUUAGUUUGAGUGUCAUUGAAGCACGACCUGAUGUAACGUGGCUUCACUGUAGGUGUACAACAUCCUCUUUAGGGGGCAGAUAAUGACAUUUCUUUUAAAUAAGCAAUACAAGCAUUUGAACAAAUCAAACAAAAUGGCUGUCCAUCUCAGUGUGGCCUACAGGAAGUGGUUCUUCAGUGGCCUUUGGCGGACUGAAUGUAGGCUGGUUUGUGUGUUGCUCGUUAUCUGUACUUUACUUUUCUCAAACAAUUGCUUAUCUCUGCUGGGAUGCUUUUUCUUCUCAUGCUAUAAUGAAAUCCAAGAAACUGCCUUUACAAACUACAGAUAGAUGAUGGCUAAUAUUCUGAUGAGGCACUCUUCCCUAUAUUUCUAAUCAAUCAGGUGUGAAUGGAUUAGGAGGCGGAUCAAACUUUGGGAGCUCUCAAACGAUCUUUAGACAGAACUACAAUACUUAUCAUUCUUUUCAAAAUCCUUUCUCUUUUUUUUUUAAGACGAUAAACAUCUUAGCAAUGUUUUAGUGUGUGUGCGCGCGUCUGUGUUACUUGUGAGAGGUUAACUCCAGAUUGUAUUUCAUAGACUGAUAAACUUUAAAACUUUCAAAAGAUUGUGUUGAAUGAAUUCAUGUCUUAAUACAGAACUGUUUGAAAAAUAAAAUACCUUAAUCUCA